AUGGUUCAAAGACUCACUUACCGACGAGCAAAUCCUUACAACACUAGAUCUAACAAGGUCAAGAUUGUUAAGACCCCCGGUGGCAACCUCAGAUACCUUCACCUCAAGAAGAACCCCACCAGACCCAAGUGCGGUGAGUGCGCCAUUGCUCUCCCCGGUCUUGCUGCCCUGAGACCCCGCGAGUACUCCCGUGUCAACAACACCAAGAAGACUGUCAACCGUGCUUACGGUGGCUCUCUCUGCGCCAACUGCGUCAAGGAGAAGAUUGUCCGUGCUUUCCUUGUCGAGGAGCAGAAGGUUGUCAAGCAGGUCCUCAAGGAGAAUGCUGAGAAGGCCAAGUCUGAGAAGAAGACCAAGAAGGCUAGAAAAUAA